AUGCUCUUCAAGAUACGAUACCAGACAGAUGACGGGAGGGAACGCAGGGCUUUUGUGGAAAGUCUCCACUUUGACUGGGAGAUGGUUACAGGUGAUGAAAAACGACAGCUAGGGGAACAGCUACUUGCGGCCACCCCUGGGUUGAAGAAACUAGAUGAGGAGAACUGGUUCAAGGUAGAUUGGACCCGAGUUCCAGAAUUGGUUGAGUAUCGAACUGUGUUUCUGAGGAGGGGAAUGGCUUACGUGCCAAUGCGGGAACAGACCAGCAUGAUCAUGACGGAAUUUACUAAUCGUCUUGAAAAAGCACUUGAGCUGACUUCGCGGGCACUUCCAAGGCUAGACGAGGAUGAUCGCCUUUCACCAAUCCUCAAUCAUCUGACCAAGAACUUCGCAACACCUGAUGCGGCGUACAAUGACUCUGAUGCUGCGCUUCCUGGUGCCCCAAUCAACGCUUCAAACAUUGAUAGUCUAUCACAGCACUUUCCGCUUUGCAUGAAGAACCUGCACAGUACUCUACGCCAGAAUUCCCAUUUAAAGCAUUUUGGCAGGCUACAAUAUACGUUCUUCUUGAAAGGCAUUGGGCUGUCACUGGAGGAUUGCCUUAUUUUCUGGCGCCACAGCUUCAAGCUCAUCACAGACGAUACAUUCAACAAAGAGUAUAAAUACAACAUACGACACGCUUAUGGCGACGUAGGUGGGGAUGCGAACCGCCGAGGAAGAGGCUACUCACCGUAUUCAUGUCAAAAGAUCCUGACAGAGCAUCCGCCAGGACCUGGAGAAGCUCACGGAUGUCCAUACCGCCAUUUCUCAAUCGAUAAUCUUACUAGCAUGCUGCAAGCGACUGGUGUCAAUGAACGCGACGUGCUCAAAGGUGUCAAGGAAGACGUCGAAAAGAAACGAUACCACAUUGCUUGCAAUCGCGUGUUCGAAUGGGCGCACAAAGGGGAGAUCAAGAAAGUGAAGGAUGAUGGAACCUGGGAAGCGGCAGAGCUGGAUACCAUCGUACACCCAAAUGCGUACUUCAAGAGAAGCUAUCUUCUGAGGAACCUGGGGAAGAUGGCUAGAGACAAUGUGAGAACAAAAGAGUGA